UAUCAGUUAAUCUGUUUUUGUGUGAAAGCCAACUCUAAAUUUACUGGUUUAAAAAGUCAAAUGAAUUAAUUGUUUCUCACAGUUCUGUGGUUGGCUGGGCACUUCUGUAGGUUUUGGACUCUUCACUCAGUGUUGCUCAUUUGUCAAAUUCAGAUGUUGGCUGAAUGAUCCAAAAUGGCCUCACUUGCAUGUGUGAUAGUUGGUGCCAGCUGUUGACUGAGAUGCCUUACUUCUCCCCCCAUGAUCUGUCAUCUUCCAUCAGACUAGAGUCAUAGCAUGGUGGUCUCAGGGGAGGACUCCAGGAGAGCCAAAUCUGAUGCAAAACACAUGUUAAAACUCUGUUUCUUUCACAUUUGUCAGUGUGCCAUUGACCCAAGCAUGUCACAUGACCAAGCCCACAGUCAGCAUGAGGGUGAGCUUAGAUGGCAUCCCUUGCUGGGAAAAAUGGAAAAGAAAAAAAAAAAAAGCUAUUCUUAGAAGAGAGUUAACUUCUUAAUAGUUGUGUUGGGAGAAAGAGGAGUAUCAGAAACAGGAAAAGGGAACUAAGAGUUGUCAUCAGUGCCUUGAAGUGAACUCUAACCUAAGAAAUAAUACCACAAAAGUGUGGCCAAGGUAGUACCACCAAUGAACCAGUUAGGCAGCACCUGAUGCAAUAAAAUGUUUUAAUAAAAGCAUUAAUGAUUCAGAAAGCACUUACAUUUAAUGAGGCUUUAUAAUUUAGAAGACAUUUUCAUAUGUCUUGUUACAUUUAUCCUCAGGGUACUACAUAAAAUGUUCAAGAUGGUAUUGAGUCCCAUUUUACAGUUGAUUAAACCAAGAUUCAGGGAGCUAUGUUAACCUUUCCAUGGUCAUUACACUAUUAGAUAAAAGAACCAGGAUCUAAGGAUUUCUUAUAACUAUCCCUGUUCUUAUUCUAUGCUAAAACUUUGUGCAAAGAAUAAAAUGUAAGUCAAGCAAAUACAUAAAUGUCAAGAAAUGAGGCUUGAAAUUUUAUCAGACAGAAGGUAGUCUGAGCAAAGAAAUUGAUGCCCUUUUCAUGUGUUUCUUUUAGUAGUAAUUGAUAGAAAGCUUAUGUGAGAUUGGAUUUAUUCUCUUCAUACUUUUGAACCAAUGAUGGAAAAAUGGGAAGCAAAACUGAAGAAAAUUGAGGAACGAGCAUCUCACUAUGAGAGGAAACCAUUGUCCUCAGUGUAUAGACCAAGAUUGUCCAAGACAGAGGAUCCACCCUCCAUUUGGAAGCUAUUUCAUCGACAAAACCAAGCUUUCAAUUUUGUUAAAAGCUGUAAAGAGAAUGUGCAUGUGUUUGCUUUGGAAUGCAAAGUGGGAGAUGGACAGCGUGUUUACCUUGUAACAACCUACACUCAACUUUGGUUUUACUAUAAAUCCAGAAAAACUCUCUUGCACUGUUACGAAGUUAUCCCUGAAAAUGCUGUGUGCAAGCUUUAUUUUGAUUUGGAAUUUAACAAAUUGGCCAAUCCAGGAUAUGAUGGGAAAAAGAUGGUUGCAUUACUAAUAGAGCAUGUUUGUAAAGCACUUCAAGAGUUAUUCAAUGUUCAUUGUUCAGCUGAAGAUGUUUUCAACUUGGAUUCUAGCACUGAUGAAAAAUUUAGCCGCCAUUUAAUAUUUCAACUCCAUGAUGUAGCAUUUAAAGAUAAUGUUCAUGUUGGUAAUUUUGUGAGAAAAAUUUUGCAACCUGCUCUUCACUUAAUUGCCAAGGAAGAUGAUGACAGGAUUCAGGAGACAAUAGACCGUGAAGUUUCCCAUUUUUCUGAAGAGCCAUUAAAACAAGGAAUUUCUUGUAACAAAAUGUUCCCAGAUAAGGCUGUAGGAAAGAAUUCAGAGACACUGGAGGGGCUCAGGUCAGCUGAGCAAACUAGUCCAGAUCUUUCAUUUCUAGUUGUGAAGAAUAGCACAGGAGAAAAGCAUCUUUUUGUGGAUCUGGGAGUUUAUACAAGAAACAGAAACUUUCGACUGUAUAAGUCAUCAAAAAUAGGAAAAUGUGUGGCUUUGGAGGUCGCUGAAGAUAACAAAUUUUUUCCUAAACAGUCAAAAAAUAUUUCUGAAGAAAAUCAGUAUUUCCUCACUUCCUUGGUCAGCAAUGUGAG